AUGGUGCUGAAUGGGAUGAAGCACGAUACCGUUUCCUUUGUUGGAGUUCUCUCGGCUUGUGCGACUAUUUCGGCGAUUAAACAAGGAAAGGAAAUCCAUGCAUUUGCGGUGAGAAGAUUGUUUCAUGAACAUCUCUUUGUCUCAAAUUCUCUCUUGGAUUUGAAUACAAAAUGUGAACGGAUUGAUCUUUCUCGAAAGGUUUUUGAUAGUAUUGAGAACAGGGAUGUAGCAUCGUGGAAUACGAUGAUUUUCGGGUAUGGGAUGCUCGGUGAUUUACAUACUGCGAUUGAUAUGUUUGAAGCCAUGCGAGAGGAUGGUGUUGAACAUGAUUCGGUCUCAUAUAUUGCUGUGCUAUCAGCAUGUAGUCAUGGGGGAUUAGUUGAUAAGGGAAAGAAAUACUUUAAUGACAUGCUCGCUCGUAACAUUGAACCAUCACAGAUGCACUACGCUUGCAUGGUUGAUCUUCGUGGUCGUUCUGGGCUUAUGGAUGAGGCCACUAAUCUUAUUACUGGUCUACCAUUUAAACCAGAUUCCAAUGUUUGGGCUGCACUACUUGGAGCAUGCCGACUCCAUGGAAAUGUAGACUUGGGUUCUUGGGCAGCCGUAUCAUCCUGGGUACUAUGCUCUUCUCUCAAAUAUGUACGCUGA